CCCUCCCCCUCCCCGCGGCCGCGCGGCGUCGCUCUCCGGGUAUUUGAACCGCGCUUCCGCCAUCUUCCCAGCGCCCAGUCACGGCACGGAGCGACGCGGUUAGCAGCCUCGGGAAAGACCCAGCAUGGCCGCCCAAGGAGAGCCCCAAGUGCAGUUUAAGCUUGUCCUGGUUGGUGAUGGUGGCACUGGUAAAACAACAUUUGUAAAACGUCAUUUGACUGGUGAAUUUGAGAAGAAAUACGUAGCAACGUUGGGUGUUGAAGUUCAUCCUCUGGUAUUCCAUACUAAUAGAGGCCCUAUUAAAUUUAAUGUAUGGGACACAGCUGGCCAGGAGAAAUUUGGUGGUCUGCGAGAUGGCUAUUACAUCCAAGCUCAGUGUGCCAUUAUAAUGUUUGAUGUAACAUCAAGAGUUACUUACAAGAAUGUACCUAACUGGCAUAGAGAUCUGGUACGGGUAUGUGAAAACAUCCCUAUAGUGUUGUGUGGCAACAAAGUGGAUAUUAAGGACAGAAAAGUCAAGGCAAAAUCCAUUGUCUUCCACAGGAAGAAGAAUCUCCAGUAUUAUGACAUUUCAGCCAAGAGUAACUACAACUUUGAGAAGCCGUUCCUCUGGCUUGCUAGGAAGCUAAUUGGAGAUCCUAACUUGGAAUUUGUUGCCAUGCCUGCUCUUGCACCACCUGAAGUUGUUAUGGACCCAGCACUGGCAGCACAGUAUGAGCAAGACUUACAGAUUGCUCAAACCACUGCACUGCCAGAUGAAGAUGAUGACCUGUGAGGGAUGAAGCUGGAGCCCAGCGUCAGAAGUCUAGUUUUAUAGGCAACUGUCCUGUGAUGUCAGUGGUGCAGCGUGUUUGCCACUUUAUUAUCUAGCUGAGCAGAACAUGUGCUUAAUCUUUGGGAUGCUGAAAGAGAUGAAUGGGCUUCGGAGUGAGUGUGGCAGUUCAAAACAAAAAACCCAACAAAACUUCAUAAUUUUGGACCUGCAUAUUUAGCUGUUUUUUGGACUGCAAUUACUUUCCCUUUUGAGUUUCAAAUAUAAGACUGCUGCAGUCACAUCAAAGUGUUAUGUGGUAAAUCUUGUUUCUGUCAUUCCCAUUCUUUUUUUUUUUGUUUAGAUAAUAAAGUUGUAUUUCAAAUAUCUCUAAGCAAGUGAAUUUUCAUGCGUUGUUAGAAAAAGUCUUGAAAGUGUCUUUUAACUGAGGCUAAUGCUUGUCUGUCUCUGCAUUCUUAAUAUUUUCUUCCCUUUGUUAUGCUCCUCUUACUAAAUCAGAGCUAACAGUUAACCUUCCAUUGAUUUCCUGAAGCAUAUAACUAAAGUAUCUGAGGGAAGCUGAACUAACUGCCAGGUGAAACUAAAGCAGUGAACACUUGACUGGCAAGUGGAGCUGGAGUGCCAGCCAGCUAAGCAUAAAUUGACCCAUACCAAGUGGGAAUGUUUGUGUUCUGAGGAGUGUCUUAAGAGUUAAUGUAGUUCAGCUUGCAUAUGCUACCUUUAGAUACUUUCUCUUAACUUUAACUGUAUUACAACAUGCCUUCACAGAGCUGUUUUCUUAAGUAGUCAAGAAUGACAUUUAGGUCUGUUAAGUGACUACAAGCUGUAUCUUUGCAUGGAGCAUCAUUUAGUAGAGCUAUAGUUGAUGAAACUAAGCAUCUUAAAACUCACUAACUAGAAAACAGUUGUAGAUGAGCUUAAAAUGCUCUUGGCUAAAUCUUGGCUAAAGAACAGCAUAUUAACUGAAACCCAUAAAUACCUAGACUUUACUGUAACUGCACCAAGUUCUUAAUUUGAAACUAGCUUAUUCCAGCACAAAUGAUGGAAAACAUCAACACUUAUAGAGAAUAAUCUUGGUCAAUAUUAGUACUACCAGUAAACAAAGAAACCAUUUUUCAGUAGUGUUUGAGUAUGUGAAGCCUUGGAACUCUUCAGUUUUGUAUUUUUGGUUUCUUAAUAAAGUGGAGCAUUUCAUUCCUUUUAA